AAACGUGAGCAGGGCACGAAAACCCCAAUUUAGCGAACAAUUUCCCAAGUGCGCCAUGUCACGAUCUCACUCAUCCAACUCCCUCGUUGAGCAUCAGCAGACAAGAUGAGCGCCAUCAACAAGAUCGCCGCCAACAGCCCCUCGAGGCAAAACCCCUCCGAGCUUGAGCAGAACAUUGCUCAGGCUCUCUUCGACCUGGAGAGCAACACUGCCGACCUCAAGGUUGCCCUGCGACCUCUGCAGUUUGUCUCUGCCCGUGAGAUCGAAGUUGGCCACGGCAAGAAGGCUAUCGUCAUCUUUGUCCCCGUCCCUUCCCUGCAGGGCUUCCACCGUGUUCAGCAGCGCCUGACCCGUGAGCUGGAGAAGAAGUUCUCCGACCGCCACGUCCUCAUCCUGGCCGCUCGCCGCAUCCUCCCCCGCCCUAAGCGCUCCGCCCGCUCCCGCAACACCCAGAAGCAGAAGCGCCCUCGUUCCCGCACCCUGACCGCUGUCCACGACGCCAUCCUGUCCGAUCUCACCUACCCCGUCGAGAUCGUCGGCAAGCGCGUCCGCACCAAGGAGGACGGCAGCAAGACCCUCAAGGUCAUCCUCGACGAGAAGGAGCGCGGUGGCGUCGACUACAGGCUCGACACCUACUCUGAGGUCUACCGACGAUUGACCGGCCGCAACGUCAACUUCGAGUUCCCCCAGACCGGUGCCACCGAGUUCUAGACUAGUUGAUACCAAAGAAAAAAGUUAAUCUAACUGGCAUUCACAUAAAGAUUUGAGACAUAAUCUUUCUUUCCUCUUUCCGGGGUCAUUUGGGAGCAUAAAAAUGCGUUGCUUUGUUUGAAGAAGCAUCGGUGGGUUGGUCAACAUUUUGGGCUUGGCGUCUGAUAUCAAGGUAGCUUUUCGUUGAAAUGAUAUAAAGCUGCUGGCAUGAUUUGAUCAAUUCACUUCUCAUGGCAUCCUCU